AUAUAAAAAAAUUUAUAUUGCUAAAGAGCAAAUACAAUCACGUCAAUCACAAGGAAUUGGCCACCUAAAAAGUGCUCCAUAGCAGUGACUCAGACCAGUGACCAACAACAACAUUAAGCAUCCAGUGACUGUAGUGAAUCCCAGUGAGAGAUAAAAUCCAGUGACUAUGUCUUCAGAUGCCAAUUCCUGUGCCAGUUUCUUCAAUCAGGAACAAGUGUCGGCAAAUGCCACAUUGUCGCAGUAUUUUCAACAAUUGAACUCACAAGUGGCAGCAGCAGCAGCUGUGGCAAAUGCUGGUGGAUCAGCAACAUCAGCGGCAGCAGCAGCAGCAGCAGCAGCCAGUGGAAGAGGCUCAGGAGCCUCAGCAGCAGCAGCCGCAGCAGCAGCAGCAGCUGCAUUAGGAGGAGGAGGAUCAGGAUCAGUUUCAGGUUCAGGAGGAUCAAUUGGAGGUGGUAAUAGUAGCGGGAAUAGUGAUAGUGGCAAUGAUGUUGGCAGUAUAACAGGAUCAUCAACUAAUUUGGAUAAUCAUCGUAACAGUGUUAGCAGCAAUGAUUCGGGUAAAAGUAGUUCUGGUGGUGGAGGAGGUGGAAAUGGAUCAGUAACUGGAUCAUCUGCAAGUUCUGGUGGUGGUGGAUCUUCUAAUACAGCUGUUAAUGCAUGGGCACUACAGCAACAGCAACAGCAGCAGCAACAACAUGCCCAACAACAACUUGUCCAGCAGCAACACUUACAACAACAACAGCAACAACAGCAGCAGCAGCAUCUACAACAUCAAGCCCACCAGCAACAUGUGGCUGCAGUAUUGCAGCAGCAACAACAGCAACACCAACACACACAUCACUCACAGCAACAGCAGCAGCAACAUAUUCAUUCACAUGGUCCGCCACCACCUCCGCAUCAACUACAUAAUACGCAUCAUUCGCAUACGCAACAACAUCAACAACAACAACAACAACAACUUCAUCAACAACACCAGCAACAUCUCCAGCAUCAACAACAGCAGCAACAACAACAGCAACAGCAGCAACAUCACGCUGUCCAACUAGCCCAUACACUCUCCUCAGCCGCUGUGGCUGCUGCUGCUUCCGUUCCAGGUGGUGGCGGUGGCGGCGGCGCCAUUGGCGUUGGUGGUGGUAACAACAACACCAACACUCAUUCCAUAUUUGGCACUGGAAAUUUUCAUUAUAAAACCAACAAUUCGUGGACAUUGCCAACAUUAACCUAUCAGCGCAUCUAUCAGGAUAAUUCACAUUAUCAGAGAGCCAAUUUUAUGGAUAGCCAUCAGGGAGCGGCAGCAGCGGCGGCAGCAGCAGCAGCUGUGGCAGCGAAUGCGGCAGCGGCAGCAGUUGCAGCCAAUACCAAUGCAAAUAACACUAGCAACAACAACAACAGCAGCAGUAAUAAUACCACCAGCAACAACAACAACAAUACCAACAAUGGCAGCACAUCAACGGCAACAGCAGCAGCAACAGGAGCCAACACUAACAACAAUAACAAUGGGGAAACUAAUAACAACAACAACAACAACAACACGAAUAAUAAUCCAAACCAGAACAAUGUCAGCAGUGUGCAACAUGUGGCAAACGCUGUGGCAGCUGUCAUUGCCAAUGAGCAUCAGAAUCAUUUGAAUACCCUCAAAGCAAGAUUUCAGCCAUCUAGCUCAGGCAAAACCACUUCGAAUAGCAAAGAAUUCAGCUGUCCAGAAGACAAAUACAAAGAGGAGGGUGAUAUAUGGAAUGUUGAGGCUCAAACCGCAUUCCUUGGUCCCAAUUUGUGGGACAAAACUUUGCCCUACGAUGCUGACCUCAAGGUAACACAAUAUGCCGAUUUAGAUGAGUUCUUAUCGGAGAAUAAUAUACCCGAUGGCCUUCCUGGCACACAUUUGGGACACUCAAGUGGUUUGGGCGGCGGUGGUGGUCAUUCUCGAUCCGAUUCGUUGGGCCAUGCAGCUGGACUAACAUUGGGCCUGGGUCAUAUAACAACAAAACGUGAAAGAUCACCAUCGCCAUCGGAUUGCAUUAGUCCUGAUACCCUCAAUCCGCCAUCUCCGGCCGAGUCAACAUUUUCAUUCGCAUCAUCGGGUCGUGACUUUGAUCCGCGCACACGAGCCUUCUCCGAUGAGGAGCUCAAACCGCAGCCGAUGAUUAAAAAGUCACGCAAACAAUUUGUUCCAGAUGAGCUGAAGGACGACAAGUAUUGGGCCCGUCGGCGAAAGAAUAACAUUGCGGCAAAGCGUUCCCGAGAUGCACGUCGCCAAAAAGAGAAUCAGAUAGCAAUGCGGGCACGCUAUUUGGAGAAGGAAAACUCAACAUUACAUCAGGAGGUGGAGCAGCUAAAACAGGAGAACAUGGACUUGCGUGCACGUCUAUCGAAAUUCCAAGAUGUGUAGGACA